GGAAGAGGCGCGGAAGUGGAGCUGAGGAGAGACUAGUGAUCUUGGCCCACUGAGAGCAGACGAUUCGAAGUUUUAAGCAUUCAGUUCGUUUGAUAGUAUCAACGACUUGUCCUUUCAAAGGUGCCUCAAGUUUAAAUUUGACAAGAGUCGCGGGGCAAAACCAAUGACAGCCGAAAUCGAAAAAGAGCAACCGCCCAAAGAGCAGAGUAGGCAAAAUGGCGACAUCCUGGACCUGGUCGGCGGGGACGGACCUUGGCAGCGCAGGAUUUUCCUGGUUAUCCUAUUCUGUGCCAUUCCUAGUGCCACUCACAAUCUUUCCAUGUCCUUCCUGGCACCAAACUUGGACCACUGGUGCGCGAGACCUGCAGGAUCAAAUCUCACUGUUGAACAGUGGAAGAUCAUCGGUUUGCCACCGGACGAUCAACAAUGCUCCAGGUAUAAGGAUAUAAAUUUUUCUUUGCCACUUGAAGAAAUUUUAAAUACGACAAGGAGUAAGGAUAAUGUGGUUGCUUGUGAUGCUUGGGAAUAUGAUGAGACUUUUUAUACAUCGACGGUUUCGAGUCAGUGGGAUCUGGUGUGCAAUAAAGAAUGGUUGGUCUCCAUGUCAAAAUCAGUUUUUAUGGCAGGAAUCUUGGUAGCUUGCAUUCUUUUUGGACACAUGGCGGACAGCCUAGGUCGGCGACCAGCCAUUGCUGCCAGCGCCUGUACUGCAAUCUGCUCCGCCUUGAUCUGCGCCUUUUCCACAUCUUUCACCAUGUUCAUCAUCACUCGGUUUUUCAUGGCAGUGGGCAUUGCAGGAGUUUUCAAUACAGCAUUCGUGUUGCUUUUGGAAGUAGUCGGCCCUCAAUACAGAUCCGUGUAUGGAAUCGCAGUGGAGUUUGGCUGGUGCUUGGGCUUCGUCUGUCUGCCGGUCAUCGCUUGGAUGCUCAGAGACUGGUUUUGGAUACAGGUGGCUCUGACGGCUCCAUGUCUCGUGAUGCUGGCCAUUUGGUGGAUGAUACCAGAGUCUCCACGUUGGUUGAUGUCACAGGGCAAAGUGGAAAAAGCACAGAAAAUUCUCCACAAAGCUGCAAAAGCUAAUGGAGUUCGAGUUGAAGACAUUGACAUCAGACUGAAAAAAAUGAUGACUAAAGCCACAGAGGUACACGAAGCAGGAGAGGCUAAUGGAAAUGUUUUAGACUUGUGGCGCACACCUGGCUUAUGGCAGAAGACCCUAAACGUUUAUUGUCUAUGGUUCGUGAACUCGUUCGUGUACUAUGGUCUGUCCUACAACACUAAUGAGCUGGCAGGGAAUCCGUUCGUGAACUUUGCCCUCUCCGGAGCUGUUGAGUUCCCAGGCUACCUCCUCACCAUCUUCGCCAUCCGCUCGUUGGGAAGAAGAAAUCCACUGGCCUGGUCGAUGAUUGCUGGAGGAAUCGCAUGCCUACUCAUGUAUCCACUACCACAAGAUCCAUGGUGGCUGAGCGUCAGCGUAUCUAUGUUUGGAAAAUUCUGCAUAACCUGCUCAUUUGCAAUCACGUACGUGUUUACUGCAGAAAUAUUCCCUACAGUAGUGCGGAACAUCGGCUUGGGGUCAGCAUCUCUGUUCGCACGGUUUGGAUCCGUACUGGCUCCCUUUGUUCGAGAGCUGGGUAAUGCAACACAUCCUGUAUUUCCUCAAAUCGUGUUUGGAAUUCUUGCUGGGAUCAGUGGGCUGCUUGUCUUCCUUCUGCCCGAAACUAAUAAUUGCAGUGUGCCUGAUACCCUAAAAGAGGCAGCAGAAGCAACUAACAAAAAGAAUCUCAAAUCUAGUCAAAACAUGAAUGGAAACCACGUGAUUGUAACGAUGACGGAAACUCAGGUGGAUGAAAUCUCUUCCGCAGAAGAUUCAGUUUUCCCGCCCUCUCCGAAGCCCGAAAAAAAUGGGAAAGUGGUCUCAGCGGUCGUAGAGAACGGGAAGAAAACAAUCGAGCGCCAAGAAAAUGGCAAAAAGUUGGCAGAUGUGCCCGAAGAGGAUUCGCAUUGCGAAGAAGUUGAAGAAUCAAAGGAAGGUGUAGAACAUAACGAAGUAGAAAAAGAAGAGAAAGAGGAGAACAAAGAUGUGAUAUCGUCACCACAGGAGGAUUCGAACGAUGAUAAUGAUGUCGUAGUGGAUGUAGAUGUACCUGAUGUUGUAUCUUCAACUACAGACUCUGCUCAGAAUGAGCAAAAAACGAAUCUUUAGUGCUGUUUGUUCUAAACAUCGUAUGGGACCAUUUUGUUAUGUCGUUAUGAGAAUCAUUUUUCGUCAGAAAAUGUAACAAGUUGUUCUUUUUAACUUAUUUUUUACAUUAAAAAUAAAAAACUGUUUUAUACUUAAGAAAUUUGGUGCAAAGGACUAAAUAUAGCAAUGGUUUUAUUUGCAGAUAAAUGGAAAAAAAAAGAAAGAAAACGAAAUUUCGCACUGUGUCUUGUAGAGUUUGUCAAGAGCGUUUUGAGGCGUAGAUUUCUAGUUCACAAUUUCAGGCAUCAUGCAACAAGAAUCAAAGCGAUUUAAGUGAAGGAAGAUCUUGAGUAAAACAUGUGCAAAAGUUUGAACAGAUUUUGCCAACAAACAAAUUGGUUCAACCGUCCAAUUCAUUUGCACUACUAAUCUUCUGUUUCUUCUUGUUUUAACUUACGAUCCCUUUGUUUCUAAUUGUCUCACGUGUGCUUCCGAAUACCUGAGAACUUUUUUUUUCUAUGCAAGAAUAAUAGAAUUCUUUUUUUGCUGCAUUGAAAAAAACAUGUUCCUAUAACUCCGAAAUGCUUAUACACUUAGUGUAAAAUGUGUUGUAUUGAAACGUAGUUUUUGAGAAUUUAAGCGUUUUUCCGUUGAAUAUAUGAAACGUUCGAAAUUUGGAAAUUUUGAUUUAUACUUUAUUGCCACACAGGAAUGUUGUUUGAUACAAAGUGCAGCUGUUAAUCGCGGUACAUUUACAGACAAUUAAUGUAGGCAACAUUAAAGAUAUGAUUAAUUUUUUUUAAAGAAUAUUUGAUUUUUUUUUUGGACAAUAAUUGAUGUAAAAAUUGUUUUUCUUAAUUUUAAUCCCUUUCAAAAAGUUAUGAGUAUCUAUCAAAAGCGGAAGUAGUUUGCCGAGAUUGAAAUUUUAAGAAUAAUUUUCGAUGUAUUGUUAUGCAGUAAAUUGUUUCAAGAACUGCUUAGAUGCUCACUUCUAUUCCAUUUGAAAUAAGUUUUAGUCGAAGAAUCACCCCAUGAGGCAAAAUGCACUUGAUUUUCAUUUAUGAUUAUUUGCUUGUCCGGCUCCUUGUGAGGAAGGCCUAACCUCGCUUCAUUCAGGCCGAUUCAUUUCAUUCCGAGUGAUUUUGGUUGAAAUCUCACCAGGAAAGGAAAUUACACAGUACUGUAAAAAAAUAAUAAUAAUUUUAAAAAUAAUAAUAAUAAAAAGUAGCAAUCGAAAGAGCAUUGUGAUACGAGUUUCUGGACGUAUAAAUUGUUUGCCCUCUUGUCCCAGCUAUUGAAAUAUAGUCUCAUAAUUUGCCAAAAUUUUAACCAAAGUCGCCAAAUUUGACGAGUGUCAGUGAGUGAUGGAAAACAUUUUUCACUCGAUUCGUAGAUGGGUGCAGAUGGUGAAAUUGCAUUAUCAAUAUCUCGCCAAGUCUUUAGGUGAAUAGGUUAGAGUGAAGUGAGAUUGUGGAACACACACUACUUUCCUGUGUGUGUAGAACGAAACGUAGUGAUGAGUCCGAAGCACUAGCUUUCACAAGGAACCGAACAAGCCAUAAAUACCUUCUGAGGGGCAUUUUUUUUUGAUCCAAAAUACCUUCAGAAGGGGUUUUUUUUGAUCAAAACAGCGCUUUCAUUUGCAUAAACUACUGCAUUAGAAUCUGAAUUUGUUAAAACCAAUGCCUCUGGAAGGUGUCCUCCCCUCCCCAACGCCUCUUCCCCCUCGCUGCGCCACUGGUCCACUUUGCAAAUGGUCAACAUUGAAACCUGGUUUACGUGUUAUGAUUUUUAGUUGAGAGAUAAAUUUACGUGCAAAACAUGUUGAAAUUUCGUGUGAAACAAACUUUACAACAAACUUACCUGUAAGAAUAAUUUUCCUCAUUAGGAAACAUUGAAAGAGGAUAUCUCGAAUAAACGUCUUGUGAUUUAGAACCUAAAUUGAACUAAGAGCUUACUGAAGACAAUAUCCAUUUGUAAUUGUUUAAUUACUAAAAUUUCUAACUAAUUUAGAAUAAUUUUGUUUAGUGAAUAUGCACUUGUGCAUGUGUAUUGUUUUGCCAUUGCUACAGUAAAAGGUAAAUUUUAAAUAUAAUUAACGAGUUCCCGAGUCCGAUUAUUCAGUUGAAAAGUGGAAAAAAUCCUGUUUUCAGUUGUCCUAUUCACAAGCAUAUUCAUCUUAAAUGAGAUGUUUCGUUUGCUUUUAUACGUGAAAAGCUAUUGCAUCAUCUUAUCUGUUUCUUUGUUGGUCAGCUCAAUUUGUUGUGUAUGUUUUUGUUUGAGGAUUUUGUAAAAUGUUUGUCGUUAUGUUUUUUAAAGAAUUGAAAUUGCGUAAGUAAGUAGUAUCGAAAGUAGUAUUUUUGAAUCAAAGUAGCUCAAACGCAAAAAAGGGCUUGUCUUAUUUGUAUAGUUGAUGGAUUUUUGGAGCAUAACGCUAGUGCCUUAAAAAUGAGAACUGACCAAAAUGUUAUUUUAAUGUUUCCUGUAGUUGAAAAAUACAUAAGUUGAAGCAAAAUGUAUUUUUUUUAAUCGAAAUCUUUUUAUAUUUAUCAUUGUGAAUAAAAAUGAAAAACUUGGUCA